CCACUGGCAGACGAAGAGCCCAUUGAUGUUUACUGCGAGAUAGCAAUCCAUGGUGGGGGCUUCACCUUUCUUCCCCCUGGCCUCACCAGAACUCUACAUGUGGAAAUGAUUGUCAAUGCUUUGUUUCGAGACAGGAAAAACGUCCUACUGAAGUUGAAGAAGAGGGUGGACCUCAGCGAGUCAUACACUCUGAUCCAGCCGCAUCCAAAUUUCGCCCACACCGAGUUUGGGGUGUUGGUCAAUAGCUUCGCCGGUUACACCAAACCAAUAAACGCCUUCAUGAAAGAUUACAUUUUACUUGGCAUUAUUCCAGCAUCAGCUGUACGAAAUGGAAGUGAAGGUUUCACAUCCAACGGGAACAUAAUCCAGUUUUCAAAUUGCGACGGAACACCCCACAGCUACUUUGCAUUCUUUCCUAACUACAAUCUGGAACCUCCCAGUAACCGUUCUGACUCUGGCGGUGUGGCGGACAUUUGGCGCUCUAAGGCAAUCUCCAUCACCUAUCCUGAACACAGUAUGCCGGACGAGUUCUUUUACUUGACAGAAGUGCAUUUUGGAGGUUGUGGCACCUACUCAUCCAGUGACCAAUGGACCAAAUAUGGCUUUAAUGCCACAGCCAUUGGAAUUCGCUAAGAACUCGCAUUUCUCUUUCCAUCGUUAGACUUCGCUUUCAACUGGGAAGUUGCCAGCCUUUUAAAUUAAUCUCAAAAAACAGGCCAUUUAGUGCUAUGUAUGUAACACCAAAGUAAGCCAAAAACCAAAAGUAAAGUUGUUAAAAGGAAAAACCCCUCCGUCUUUAAAACCCCACGCAAGUGACGACAGCAACACCUAUAAAAGUAUCAUUCUGUACAUUACAAUCAAUAAACAACGAAUAGUAGUGAAGGACAAUAGACCGAAAGUAAUAAUGUAGAUAAUGUAAUAAUGUAGAUUAGAGUAGAACUGAGACUUUAUCUAAGGUAAAGACACAUGACAGUUGCAAAAAAACCUGAUAAACUAGCGGUCUUCUAUGAACCACAAAUACAUAAAUAUUAUAUUAAUACUAACAUCAUGCAACAAUAGGAGGUCGCGUUCAAAGGUACUGAGAGCCAUCCCCGACUCGUGAUCAGUGCGAAAAAAAAAACAUGUUUGAUAGACUCCGUCUGUCUGAACCACUAGCUAAAAAUGAAAGUGCAGUGAACAAAAGUCAAGGAGUGCUUUCCAAGACUUAAUGAUUUGGUUGUCGCGUUUGAUACACUGAACAAAAAUGAUUUUUACUGAGUACGGAAACUAUUUGACGCGACUUCAACGAGCGAAAAUCGAAUUCAAGGCUGUUUGUACUGACGUUUAAUCAGUUGAGAUAUUAAACAACAUACUGUUGCUAUCAAGUAUGUAUUGGUAUCGAUAUCGAUUUAACACGUUGCCGUGAGUAUUUUUCAGAGCGUUCGCUUAAAUACGGACGCGCUGUAUCCAUGAUAAGAUUUCCUUUUAUAAAAUAACUAAGAUAGUACGCGCUAUGAUUGGCCGAGAGGAGUGUUUGCAUGACAGUAUGUAAACAUGGUUGUGGCGUCAAGUUGUUUAGCUUUUCGCGCGCUAAUCACGCAGGCAUGAAUUUGAAAAAGUUUUCGAGUUCAAAACUCGACAAGUUUACUUUAUUUAGCCAUUCCUUCUUCGGCUGAAAAAUGGAAAAUCGUUACAAAAAAGGUUACUAGUCAAUUUUUCUUCGCUUCAGCUGACAUUUUAAGCGAGAAAAAUCCGUAUUUUGCAAAGCAUCUUUUUGCAAAACAAGAACUGAUUACGCGUGCAAGACUUCGUGGACAAGAUUUUGCGACUGGUAAGAAUUUCUUUUUUAAUCAGUGCCAUACAAGGAGUUUUGCGUUUUUUUCUCGGGAAAGUCAUUUUAUAAAAGCAAUAGAAAACUUUUUUCCUGUGUUUGCAUAGCCUGAUAUAAAUACUCGAGGUGUUGGGAGAAUUCUCGACAGUUAUGCAAACUCCCGACCUCGUCUCGGGUUUGCAUAACUGUCUCGAAUUCUCCCAACCCCUCUCGUGUUUAUAUCGGGCUAUGCAAACACGGAAAACGUUUUCUAUUACUUAAAUGAUGCGCAUGAUCACUGAAAAGUGGCUAAAUUAGAGAUAGAUGAAUAGGGUUAACGUAACACUAGGAAAAGGAAAAUAAACGGUUGUUAAAAAUUGUUGGAGUCUCUUAACUGAUUCUUGAAAACCCAUAACAAGGCCAUCUCUACAGUAGCCUGCGAACUCUAAAAUUUAGAAACAUCAAAAAAUUUAGAAUUACAAAUUUAACCUUACUACCGUUAAAAUAUCUACCGGAAAAUGUGUAAAACAAAAUCAGUCUCUAAAGCACUUAAGAGUUUCUAAUUAUACAGGAACUACGAUUGUCGUUUAUAACUGAGUUUUUCAAGGUAAAUGGGUUGGUAUGCUGGAUUUAAAAGAUUGCAAGCUAGGUUUAUCUGUGGCUUUACCGUCUAAUCUAGACCAUGGUCUAAAGUACAUCAUACAAUGUUUCCUGUAACGUACAGUAUUGGGUAUAUGAAAAUCCUUUUUUUUUUAGUUAUAGUUGGAUGACUUAACACUAAAAAUGUCACUAACAUUUCAAAGUGAAAGUACAAUAUAAAAGGUCAGCAACAGGAAUAAGCUCACUAUAGUUACCUAAAUAAAUACGCUCAUUGCGAAGCCGACCGAUGAUGUUAUGAUGAUGGCGCAUAUUACGCCGUUUGAGUGUUUCUUUUUUCCGGGUUAGGUGCCUAUUAAAGUUUAGAGAUCAACAAGGUGUUGACGAGUCCAGCUAGUACACUGGGUAGUCAAGAUAGGGAUUUGCUACAACAAAAGCCUAACCAGCCAGGGUGAGUAUUUUACUAAUUUAUUGCUUCUAAAGUCUAUUUUUCAAUGUUUUGAAAAAAUAACGGGUGUCCUUGUGAGACUCCGUUAAACCACAAAAAGAGAGACUUCGAGACUUACCCUAAACGGCUUUUUCCGAGUUUUUCGAGAGAGGAUAUAAAAUAGUUUUCGACAUCCAUAAUCCACUAAGACGUUCACCAUGGGAUAGUUCAGUGAAGACUUGAAAACCUCAUUAAAUUCUUAAAACUUCAUAAUAGAGCUGUUUAAAUUUUAUUGUUCGCCUUGUUGAGACUGACUCCCAAUCAGUUACGAAUGUUGGCAUCAGGCAAAGAGUGACUUGGGAGCUCAGCUUUUAAAUAUAGGUGAAUGUAACUUCCAAGUUACGUUGGGAAAACGACAAAUUAGUGAGAAAGGCAGAUCUUUUACCUUGAGACACGAAAGGAUAAAAUUCAUCCUUCCAUGCUUGAGAACGGUUGUUAUCUGUAAUAUAACAAAGUGGACGUAAAAUAUCGUACGGGACUCAAUUUCCUCUUAAGGGUGCUCUAUACAACCCAGUUUUAAAAGCCCAGUUAGAACUAGUCGCAGCAACUUGAAUAAUUUUGUUCAGGUAUUCUUAUUUCUCUCGUUUUUUCUUGCUAGAACUUGGGGUGUUCCUUAUAAUUAUAUCAACUAUGUCGAUGCGCAACGAUGUAAUGCUAAAAGGAGCAAAAUGUUUCAAAAUCUUUGAACUUUGGGACAAACGUGAUUGGUCAGUAAACAUCUGGCCUCUCCUCCUCUCUAGAGUCCUUCAUUUCUCAGACAUUUUCUCCACCAGCUGAAAAUUGUUAUUUUUGCUGGCUAAAGGUAAAAAGUUUUUUGCAAAGGCUCUGCUAUUUGAAAGGGAAGGGAUUUUGCAGUUUGGUUUUAUUGACGUUUAAUGUGUGGUUUUCCAAUUUACAUGUAAAACUCUUUGUCUUUUAUUUCAGAUGCAUUACUUGACUUUUCUUGUGGUUCUUUUUACCGUAAUACCGUGGGAGUCAAAUGGCGUUAGAAGGCCGGGUUACAACGGCGAGGUAUAGAUAGCAACAAGUCCAUACACAGACUAUAACUACUCAAUGCUUUCUCUUUUUAAUUUAAUGAAACCAUUCUUAAUAUCCUGACUAUUCAGAGGCAACCAAAUGCAUUGAAAACAUUUUUUUUAGACUAUCCAGAGUACUUUUAGAUCUUUACAAAUGCGUUCUAAGUAGAGCUAUAAAAUGGGUAUGUGUUCGGUCAUCCUAGGGAAACUAAGUCUUUUCGAAAUUGCAAGGGCUUCAGUAUUAUUUUCUCGAAAAUUUUAGAUGCAAUUUAGCGAGUUACGAAAGUGAAAAUUUUAAAAUUCCUCUCUCUAUCACAUUUUUGAAUCCGAAAAGUUUAGGUUGCCUUUUUCGUACGAAAAAUAGUCCAACCUGGAGUGUGAAAUGUGAAAAAUAUGCUUCAGAAAAUCGUAGGGACGAAUUUAUACGAAAAUUGUACAUUAAUGGAACUGUCUAGGGCUCUAGGUAAUAUUUGCUUCUCCGAACAGAUAUUUUACAGCAGUCGUCUGGUGGCCCUGACUAUUGCCUCGAAAUCCCCACCCCCUGAGCCCCCUUAAGUAUUAAUGCAUAUUCUUCCUCUUUCAAGUUUCCCAAAAGCUGCCGUUACCUACCACGUAAUUCACCGAAUGGGGUGUACAAGAUACGACCGCUGCCAUACAUUAAGCCUAUUGAAGUGUACUGCGAGAUGUCCAUCUAUGGUGGUGGAUUCACCUUUCUUCCUCGAAGCCUAACUAGAACACCACAUGCCUACAGGAUUGUAAAUGUACUUUUUCGAGACAGAAGAAACGUCUUGCUGAAGUUGCAGAAAAAAGUUGGUCUCAGUGAGUCAUAUACCCUGAUUCAGCCUCAUCCUUACUUCACCAGAACGAAGUUUGGGGUGAGGGUCAACAGCUACCACGGUUACACUAAACCAGUCAACGCUUUCAUGAGAGAUUACAUUUUUCUCGGAAUAAUUCCAGCAUACAAGGCACGCCACCGUAAUGUCCAAGGCUUCAAAUCCAACGGGCACAAAAUCCAGUUUAGAAAUUGCGAUGCCAAUCCCAACAGCUAUUUUGCAUUCAUGCCAAACCACAAUCUGCAAACUCCCAGUUCCUACCACAGCCACAACCUAAUCUACGAGAAAGUAGGUGUGGGUGUCGACUGGCGCUCCAAGGCAGUUCCCAUCACCAAUCCUGUUCGCACCAUGCCGAACGAGUUCUUCUUCUUGACGGAGCUGCAUUUUGGUGGUUGUGGAACCUACACCUCCAGUAACCGCUGGUUCAAGUUUGGCUUUCAAGCCACCGCCAUUGGAAUUCGCUAA